CCCUAGCAGGCCGGCACCCUCUCCCACAACUGUGCCACCCACCCAUCCCUGCCACUCUGGACCAUCGGUGACGCGUUUCCCAAGUACCAUAGGCUUGUUGACCACCAUCCUGUCCACAAAGUACCGUCAAACCUUAACUGUCUUUGACUCCAACAAUGGCCCGACGAUCACAACCACCACCGUCUCAGGCUCCGCCCGGCCCCGGUAUCAUGAACCUCAACUGUUUCUUCUCCUUCGGCAACGAAGUACCCAUCAAUCCACUCCCCAGCGCCCUGUCUACCCUCAUCGAAUCCUCCAAAUCCGAUCGUCGAAAACCAUCUGAACUCCCCAAACAUUUUCUUGUCAGAGUUUUCAAGAAACUCAUCCCGGUGCUUAAGCAAGGACGAACGAUGCACUGGUACUCGGACAAAGAAGACUUCCGAGAGCUUGCACCGUUUCGAAUGGAGUUCGACCUUCUACCCCGAUUGCGUCGUAGACUCGUCGAUUUAUCUCAAAUCAUGGACCAAAACAAGCUGAAAACCGAUGCACAACUCCAAGCGGUGCAUAAACUUUUGCACCAGAUCUCGAUCGAUGCUACCCAGCUCAAGAUGUCGGUCAGCUUGACUUGGGAUCCAUCCAAAUACAAAGGAUCGAAGGACAAUCUCAUCGACAUACCGCUCUACUACUACCCCGAUCUACCUUGGGGAGUCGAUCAUGUCAGGGACUCGAUCGCCGAUUUAUUCAAAUCGUACUCAGAACCACUCGCUGCCGGUUCUAGUGGAGUCAAAGACACUAAAGAAGAUGUCAAAUCUCUCCUCGAUUUGAUGGACCACAUGAUCGGGGACUUGAAAUCGCCUCGAUUGGCAAUGCAGGCCAAGUGGCGAUGGAUGGUCAGAGAGGUCGAGGUGAUGGAUCAUGCGGUAAUCAAAUGUCUCAAACCUCAAAAGGUUCGAGUCAGUAACCCACUCGAAGGGCUAGAGGACGACAAACAUCUCGAGAUGACCCAAUGGCGUCCGCGAGAAACAAUGGCGGAUCACGAAGUCCGAUACGUCCAGCUCGCUAUGCCGAUCUUCAGGCUCGGCCGACUUCUCUUGAACAAGCUAUCCAGACCCACCAAUAGCAACCCUUCUCUGACCUCAAGAAUGACUCUCACGGAGUUGAACGAGCUUUACAAAGCAACGGACACGAUCGACGAGGAUUUCAGAGUAUUUGCUCAAGUGACCUUGCAAGUCAGUCGCGAUCAAGCAGGUCACAUCUUAAAGGAGGUCUUCGCGCGCUUGCAAAAACCCAUGAAGGUACUCAACAAACACUUCAACUCUUUGGGGUCCGACGUCAAUCAAGACGAAGUCAAGGACUGCCAACAAUGGUGCAAGAAUUGGAUGGCCCAUCUCCAAAUCGCCGUCGAGAGAUGUCUCGAAUAUUGCGUGUUCGACGACUCGGACCCUUGGGAAACCGAGAGCGAUUGAUGAUCGGUCAUCGAACGAUCAAGUUAUUUUGUUUGCAAGAAACUGGCCGAGAAUCUAUACUUCCGAUUUCAAUUCAUCUAAAAUAAAUCUCUUGAAACCUGAUAUCUCAACAUGGUACCUCCAUACCCUCCAAUUAUUAGCUCGAAUGAAACGAUUGUCAAAAUUAUCUUGCUACGCUUCAAACUCUAGGUCAAGCUCGACUACUCUAGUCAUAACCAGCCACCUUCUCCUUUCCAAUUCCACUCAUCUUACUGAACGCAAGAAAAAAAAAUUGUUGUUGUAUACCUG